UCGCUGGCUGCUGCGCUCGGCGCAGGGCGUGGAGCCGCGUCGGCGCGCUCUGAGCGCGCGUGGGGGGCGCAGGCUCACCCACGGAGGUGCUGCAAGUUGAGAGAAUCCAGUAGAGAACUGAAAAUAGAGUUUUAUGGUUUCAGAACUUGAAGCAAUACUUAUUCAUAAAGAUAAAAAUACACACUCUCCAGAGCAGUUGCCUGAACGAUAACUAAGCAACACAUUUGAGAGACUGUCACUAUAAAAAUUGUUUGUGUCCAUUGCCAUUGUAUUUGACUAAACUGGCAAGAGCCACUUGUUUUGAAAUGCAGAUAAAGAAAAUGAGGGAAAUUUUACCAAAACUGUAUACAAGCCAAGUUAAUGACAUAAAUAAUUCUUUGACUACAUCUCCAAAGCAAGCCAAUGAGGAUGAAGCAAAUCAACCAAAAGGGACUGAAGGCCAGAACUGUGUCUAUCAAGGGGAUGAAGCUGAGGAUAAGCUGCCAUUGGUCCUUUGUAUAAAGUGCAGAAGCGUGCAGAAACUUCUAGUGCCUGACUUACUAAAGCAUAACAAACCCAGACAGACUGAAGACAAAAGUUUCAUUUGCCGCAGGUGCAGUCUGAAUACGCCAUCGACUUUCCAUUGUGUAGCUGACAGUGCCACUGCCAUAGAUUUAGAAAAUCAAGAAAAACCAUCCCUAAGUAAAACUCAGAAAACAUUUAAAGUAAAAAACUUUCAACCAGACAAAUAUUACUGCGAUAAAUGUCGAUUUUCAACAAAGGAUCCUUUGCAGUAUAAAAAGCAUGUUGUUCAGCAUGAGGAGAUUAAAUUUGUGUGCGCCCACUGUAGCUAUGUAUCCUACACCAAAGGAGAAUUCCAACGGCAUUUGGUGAAACAUACUGGAACUUUUCCAUAUCAAUGUGAAUACUGUGAAUAUGGUGCUGUUAGGCAUGAUUAUAUAGUAAAACAUACCAGAAGAGUACAUGAAACAGUUACUGAGAAGGGGCCAAUGAAUAUGGUUACAAAACAAGAGCAAAAGAGAUCUUGCUUACCAAAGAGAAGCACUUUGUUUUCUGAAAAGCAGAAGUGUGAUCAAAAAAUUCCUCUUCGGAAUGAGCCUUCAGAUUUAUCAUCAAGUACAACUUGCAGCAAAAUGCAAGAUGAAAUGAACAAAACAGUUUGUUUGUCUGGCGAUGUAGAAUGUAGCCUAGGUACGACAUCAGUCCAAGAUAAAACUGUAUUGGAACCAGCUGAAGUAAACAUAUAUGAGAACCAAAAUGUGGAAGUUGAAGUUUAUUCUCCAAAAAAAGAGCCCGUACAGCCAGGAAUGCCAUUAACAGUGAUUGCACCUUCAGAACUUGUAGUUCCUUCUAACUGCUUAGCUCAGUUAUUAGACAUAAAAAUAGUGAAUGGCACACAGCAGUUGGUUCUUAAACUUAUUCCUCUGAAAGAAACAAGUAAUAAACCUAUAAACUGUAAAGAAGAGGAACUCGGGAAUCAAGGUGCAGAACAAACAGAGAAAGGAAAAAGAAUAACUUCUGUUGCUCAAAAUGAAUUAACCACUGAAGCAACUGUAAAUUUAUCUAGUGUUAGUAACAUGCUUGCUUCGGAUAAUAAAUACAAAAAGAACUCUGAAUGUCUUAAUUCCUCCAAUUCUGACUGUAACUCAAAUGUACCUAGGCAGGAUAAAUCAAAAAUAAGUUGUCCUAAAUCCUCAAAUAAGGAAAAAUAUGCAAAAAAUGAUUUAUACUGUUCUAAAGAGGCCCUGGACAUGUCCACACGUGCAUAUGCUGCUUCCUCUGAAAGUGAUAGAUCCCAGACUGUUUUGUUGCAGGCGGCUCAGAAGAGCAACAGUUCCUCUUCAUCUCCUGCCCUUGGAGAAAAGGACAUAUUGCCUUUUAAUGGUGAUGACAAAGAAUGCAGGAGCCAGAUCAUUAGCUCUCUGGAAACACAUUUGUUUGAUACCUGUUUGGUUAAAGAAUCUUUUAAAACUUCUCAAGGAUGGGGAGAGUUCUCUUUAAAUAAAAGUUCAUGUUUAGAGGAAUCAAGUGUUGGCUUAAGUAAAUUAAACAGAGAGAUCUCUGAUUGUCAGAAUAAUCCUUUAGAAGCUUUAGAAUUGCAGAAUGUAGAAAAUAAGGACAGCCCUCCUGAGGGUCCUGUCAUUUCAUCUGUAUUUUCCCUUAGCUCUGGGGCUGAAAACAUCCCAGAGGGAAUCAAGUGGGAUAAUACUGCAUGCAAUAAAAAGUCAACAACAAUGUUGUGUAGAAAGAUUGCUCAGUUGAUGUCCGCUGCGGAGUGUAAUGUGAAAUCUACAUUGGUUGCUUCACCUAUGCCUGUUAGAUGUUGUGCUUCUAAUAAGAAGAUGCCUUUGCCUCAGGAAACUUUAGCAAAUUCUGAAAAAAAAGUCCCUGCUACUGAAUUGGAACAGUUUGCAUCUUCACUUCAAACACCACAGAAUGGUGGGAUUGGUAAUGAACUGUGUAAUAAACAACCAUCACAAUCACGGUCAGCUACAACAAAAGCUAAAAGUAGAAUGACUAAAAACACUCACAUUGCUACUCCAGUGUUCAUUCCAAAAGGGACAGUGCUGAAGGUCCUGAAUGUCACUAGGAGUGAGAACACAAAAGAAGAAGGAGAUAAGAAUGAAAUGUCAUCUGCUACGAUGUGUUGUAACGAAAUGUUUCUACCACGACCAGUUCCUUUCAGCAUUUCUGAGAAACUAAGCAGUAACCUACCUUUGCCAAAUGAGAGUGAACUUAAUGAGCAGUCCAGAAAUCAAAAUAUGUCACUUAGGCACAGACCAAAAAGAGAGGCUAAUGCAAAAAGUAAUAGCAAACAAAAUUUUAUACCACUGCAUCAAAAAAGUGAUGAGCUAAGUAAGCAGAGCAAACUUACUUCAAAGGAUCAACUUGGACCCAAAAAUAAGGUAAAACAAGCAAAGUCCAGGGAUUAUUUGUCUAAGAAGAAAACAAGAAUUUACUCAGAAACCAGUUGCAUUUCUGAGGCGAUGCCUCUUUUGACAGCAAGGCGUCUUAGGCUUGUACCACUUAGAGAACAUCAGUUGAUAAAAUGUCCUCGUCGUAACCAGCCUGUAGUUGUAUUAAAUCAUCCUGAUGUUGAUUCAGCAGAGGUAAUUAAUAUAAUGAAAAUUGUCAACAAGUAUAAAGGCAAUAUUGUGAAAGUUGUUUUAUCAGAAAGAACGAGUAGUUGUCUUGGUGUGAAACAGUAUAAUAAACGGCUUACAUUUCAGAACUUGGAAACAACAAGCCAAAUGAAAAAGCAGAACUUUUUAAAAAUGAAGCUAAAAAAGACCCAUAAAAACAACUACCGGGUAGUGGAAACUUCACCAGCUAAAACACUGCAGUGUAUGUUUAAGUGUUGGUUUUGUGGAAGGAUAUAUGUAGACCAGGAAGAAUGGAUAAGUCAUGGACAGAGACAUUUGAUAGAAGCAACCAAAGGCUGGGAUGUUCUUUUUCUUCCUCUAGAAAGCCACAAGUGAGAAACUGUCAGUUUACUGCUCUUAUUUUAACAUGAGUGCCAUUAAUUUGUUUGGAAAGGGAGACAGUAAAUAUUUUACUGGAGGGUUUUUAUAUUUGGCAGGUGGGAGAGUGGUAAUAGGAAUUAUAAACUGUAUGAGAAGCCACUCUUGAGCACUAAACACUACAUAGCACUUGGAUGCCUGAAAUAAGUGUUAUGGCUAUCCCUUGCUUUUUUGAAAGAGACCUGGAAAUGAUUUGCUCUGAAAACAUUCUAGUGCAAUUCUCUUCACUAGGACACUAUAUGCAGUAACGUUAUGUUGCGAGGUCAAUAGGGAUUUAAAAUAUCCAACUAUAUGACCUGUGUGAAAUUAAUUGAAUUCAGUCUGAAUUUUACUACUACAGCUUAAUGGUUCAGAGGUCAGGCAUAAGUCUAAUGAAGAGUAUCUUUGACUCUUAUGAAUAAAAAAAUUGUGUUCAUCAUAAUUUAGUAGCAAAUUUAAAAAAAAUGCCAUAGUGGGGAAAAACUGGUGCUGAAUCUGAUUAAACUCCAAUUUUAAGGAACAGAAGUAACUCCUCACUGACUUCAGUGGAGCUACACCAGUGUAAAUGAGGAAUUGGUGAGAUCAGAAUCAGACCCACAAUGUGGAGUGGCAAGGAAAGCUUAAUUCUGUGUUGUACAGUCGGGCCAAGUUGUGUCUUGUGCCACACAAGUGUAAGAGCAGGAAGAGGACACAGGUGACUACUUACUGUGCAAGCAAGCAGAAGCUCAACUUAAAGUGCAUGAAAUGAGGUCUGGCUUCUUUACUGGCUGGCAUGAUGUGAUUCCGAUGGAUUGUGCAUGCUGUAGGGCAUAAUGAUCAGUGCUAUGUGUAAUCCGAUUAGAAAUGUAUACUUUCAGGAUAGAGCCUUUAACCAGGACCCCAGCCAGCCUAGCAGCUAGUGCAUAGAUAGGAAGAACUAGCUGGAGAACCAAACUGCUGCCUUGAAAAAGAGAGAUUAUGUUGCAGAACUCUACAUUGCCAGUACCUAUCCACAUUUUCUGUAGAAUCUUUGUUUUGACAUCCUAAAUUUGAAGAUUUUGCAUGUUAGAAUCUACACAUGUAAGCCUCAAUUCAGCAAGCUACUUACUAAUAAUAAUAAUAAGCACAUGCCUAAUCAACUCCCAUUGAUUGCUGUGUGACUACUCAGUGAAGUCAAUAGGAUGAUUCAUGUGCUAAGUGCCUUGCUGAAUGAAGGUGAGUUUUUAGUGGGGAAGGAGGAUGGUUGAUAGUGAAGUUUAAUAACUGGCCACUGUACAUGUAUAGAAUUUUCUCGGUUAUCUUGUCACAAAUUGUGAACCAUUUUAUUUUUUUAAAUUUCAUGUACAGCAAGUGAUGAAUUGAGCGCACAUUUUGCAGUCACAUUUCUACAGGUAAAAAAAUAAUUAAUUUGAUGCUGGAGAUAUAUUAUACAUUUGAAUUUUGUAUAAAUGCCUGUAGUUCCUAAUUGUUAACAGUGGAAAAACACAUUUUGUUAAAAAAACAAAAAAACAAAACAAAAAACCCCACAACCCCUCCAGCCCCCGCAACAACCUACUAAUCUGGGAAUAUUUUUUUGUUUUUUUUUAUACUCUAGAAAAUUAAACAUGGUUUUGAUAAGGUAUGUACUAUAUCUGUAUUGAAAUGUAAAUAUUUUGAAACUAUAAAGCACAUCUUGAGACUUGGGUCUAAUUUACAAAAACAGUAAUGUGAAACUUUUCUGUCAGACCAUUUUGCAAUACAAUAUUAAAAUCUUUAGAUAUUUGGUGCUUUCAGAAAGGAGAUCUUGUAUUACUUUGCAACUUUUUGUAUCAUAGUGAAAGGCUAAACUGUUCAAUGGAAUACAGUUUGUAUUAUCUCUGUUUUUUUCAGUAAUUAAAUGACCGUUCUUAUUUUGAAACAGGAAUUUAUAUUUUUUUAGACUGGUACAGUAGAGAUUUUCACUUUGUGUUCUUUGAAGCGAAACAUCAUGUUUCAGUUUUUUAAAUUGUGAAAAUAGUUUCAAAUUCUAAAUCUGUCAUAUCAGAUUUUAAUAAAUAUUGAAACUGCUAACAUAUGAAAAACCACUUGUGGCCAAAUUCGUUCUCACUUACAUUCAUCCACCCAGGCAGAUGUUUGAACCUACUUGAGCUUCUGUAGAAGCUGUUAAGGAAAUACUUUUGAAUCCUCUGUUUGUUUGGCAAAAUAUGACUGACAUCUUUUAAUCUUUAAUCAAUUUUGUAUUCUUAAAAAUUGUGUUGCGUGCAGGAUUAUAAACAGAUUGUAGAUGGUUUAGGGUGUUUUUCUUUGCUUAUUUUAGUAAACAAAGACUGUUUUUUGUAUCUCAUUUGUUAAUCUACAUGUAACUGUUCUCCCUGUAUUAAAUUUACAAAAUAUAAGUGUUUUUGUAUUAACAUGAACAUUUUUAGUAAAUUGAAUUGUACGGUGGAUAUAAAAAUUUGACAGCAGAUCUCAUGCCUUUUUCUCUUGCCAAGGACAUCCAAAUUCUGGCCAGAUGGGUGUGUCUCUAAAUUUUUAUUUAUUUAUUUAUUUAUUGAUGUAGUAUUGUAUUUGGAUAGUUUUCCUUCUGGAAUUUUAAUAGUUUUGUGACUUGAGAUAAAGAGUGUGACCCAGA